AUGAACCAAUUAACUGCUGAAGAAGAACGUAAAGUUUGUCCAAAUGCACAAGACCCAAUGAAUUGGUAUGUUUGUGAUGAUGCGUGUGUUACAAAUGAAGAACUUCAUAAAACCAUUGUUAAUGAAUUAUACCAAGCAUAUAAAUUACAAUGUGUUAAUCCAGAAGAACAUUUUUGUGAGACUGGAUAUGACUAUUAUUUAACUGAAUUAAAAGCUGACUCUAAAAGUCCUAUGAAUCAUUAUUACAUUGCUACAUUUACCAAAUAUGACUCUACUGGAAAGAAAGUUGAUACUAUUACUUUACCAUCAUUACCUACUUCAAUUAUUGGUAUGAUCUUUACUCCAGUUGAAGAACAAUUGAUUAAACUUCAUGAUAGUGAAGAAUUUUGUGGACAUUACAUGUUCCCAUAUUGUAUCCUCAAUAAACAUUUACCAUUCUGGGGAGGGUAUGUUGGAAGUCAUUUUGAAAUUGAAUGGGAUGACAGAAGUUAUUUAAUUAAUAAAGAUAAAUAUCCUGAAUUCGAUUAUAAAUUUAUUGAAGAAUCUACAUUCCACCAAAACUUAAAUUUAGUCGACCAAAAGGCUGGUGUUCCAUUCUUGAAUGAAAGAAUUUAA